GGGGACUGGGGUGCGGGGGGAGGCUCUGGGGAGCAUGGAGGGGGCGAGAAGGGGAGCAUGGUCAGAGGGCUGUGAGUGGGACCCACCUCCAAACGUACCCCCACGGAGCCCCCAAAAUGGCUCUGGGGAGCAGAGCGUGGGGCUGGGGGCCCCGGGAGCACACCUGGGGCUUUGGGGCCAAAAAGAAAGUCUGGGAUGGUGCACAGGGAGGAGGAGGGGGGCAGAGCACCCCAAAUCGCCCUCCCAAUGGGGCUGAGGUUGAGCAGGGCCCCCGUGGCAGGAGGACGGAGGGGGACACGUCCCAGGGACGCGUCCCAGGGACACGGGGGGGUGUCCCCAGGCUGUGCCCCUGCCCUUUGAGGCCACGCUCAGGGCUGCAGCAGGGAAACCCCCGCAGGAGGCAGCGGGCGCCUCCGGCUGCCCCUGGCAACUGCGCUGUGCUGCCUGCUGCCGCCAUCUCGGCUGCCCGGCGUCCCGCUCCUCCGCACCCCCGCCCCAAAAAUGUCCCCAGGUCUGGAGGAGAGCUUGCGUAGGGUUUUCCAAGAGAAGCUGCAGCUCCGGACGGUGCCGGCGUGGGACUCGGCGUCGCUGCUGCCCUCCUCCACGCGCCUGCUGCUGAAGAGGAGGGAGGUGGCGGAGGUGGAGCGGGCUCUGCAGGCCCAGCGGGAGGAAUUUUGGCAGAGGAUGGAGGGCUUGGAUCAACGCCGGCAGCAGCUGGGCCAGCGGGAAGAGCAGCUCCGUGACGUCGCCCUCAGAUUCGACGCCUUCCUCAAGGUUUCCGCAGCGAGGCGGGAGCGGGCGCUGGGCCGGGCAGGCGAGGAGCGGGCACAGGCAGCAUGGCGGGGAGCCGAGGCCGACGGCCUGCAGCAGGAGCUGGCGGGGCUGCUGCGGCGCAGGGAGCGGCUGCGACGGCGUCUGCGGGGCCUCCGCGUCUUUGGGGACUACCUGCAGGGCGUGGUGGCCACCACGGGGCAGGUGAGGGUCCCUGUCCCAUGUCCCCAGGAGGUUGUGUUCCUCCAGGGCCACCAGCGCCCCUUGCACCCCAAGCUCCACGUUGGAGCAUCUGUGGGGGGAUCUGGAGGGGUUGGAACACGAAAUCACCUCAGGGAUGAGGGUGAGCAGCACCCUGGUGGGGUAGGUGCCCUGGCAACCGCUCAGCCCCUUCCCACCACCCAGUUCCAGGACGUCCCGUCCAUGCUGGCACAUUUCGGGGCGCUGGCGGGGGUGCGGGCAGCCCUGCUGCACCAGCUGGAGGCCGGGAAGCAGAGGCUGGCCCAGGGCCGGGCUCGGCUCCAGCGGUACCACGAGGAGGCCGGCAGCGAGCUCCUGCGCGGGAGGGACGAGGUGCUCCAGCUCCGCGCACGCCUGGAGGCUGCCCGCCAUGACGUGCUCCGGGGGGAGUCCUGCUGGACCCAGAUCCAGAGCACGGCCACCCACAAGACCCUGCUGCUGGCGCAAAUCAGGAUGGCAGUGCUGAGCCUCUUCCAGCUCGCCACCAAGCACCUGAAAGUCCCCAGGGAUGUGGCCCUGGAGGACACAGAGACCCAGCUGGAUGUGGUGCUGCUCUGCAUGCAGGACCUGGCUGCCAUCUGUGCUGAGCUGUGCCCCAAGGAGCCAGGGCUGGGCCCCCCACGCGUGCCUGCCACCAUCACCACUCGCCCACGGCACCACAGGGGUGUCACGGUGCCUCCGAGCCACCAGUAGUCCCAGCCUGGGGACAAAUCCCCCUGGGGUAAGGCUACCAAGGCCAGCAUGGAGCUGUAGGAUACCAGCACCUACUUGGGGAUGGAGGUGGCGCCCCAACAAGCCCAGGAACCCCGAGAGGCAAUGCAGCUCCAGCGCAGCAGAGCACCAAGUGCCUUGGGACAGAGCCUGCCCCCCUAGUGCCCUCUUGCAGGGGCAUGCAGGCAGUGGGACCAGCUGCCUGGGAGGAAUGGGGAGCAGCUGCUCGUGUUCAGGCUGUUGGUACUGAUAAAGCUGUUUGCCAUCAAAAUACAACCCAGCUGUGGAGCUGCAGCACCCCCUUCUUUUAGGGCUGCAGCUUGGGGAGGAAUUACCCCAGUCACAAGCUGCCCGCAGCA